UCAUUUUGGGCUUUAAAGAAAAAUGGUACGGUCAUCUCUCCCCUCCCUUAAUAAGAGCUCUUCAAAAACCCUAGCUGCCUCCACUUUCUCCUCCUCCUCAGCAUCGGGCGGCGACGAAGCGGUGAGCUCAUCCUUGAAGCAGAAAUGGGCAUUGAUCUGAAAGCCGGAGGUAAGAGCAAGAAGACCAGGAGGACCGCUCCUAAGUCCGAUGAUAUCUAUCUCAAGCUUCUCGUUAAGCUAUAUCGGUUCCUUGUCCGAAGGACCGGGAGCAAGUUCAAUGCUGUGAUUCUGAAGCGCUUGUUCAUGAGCAAAGUCAACAAGCCUCCGCUCUCUCUCUCCAGGCUCAUCCGUUACAUGAGUGGAAAGGAUGAUAAGAUUGCUGUGGUAGUGGGGACUGUGACUGAUGAUAUCAGAGUCUAUGAAGUGCCAGCUUUGAAGGUCACUGCCCUGAGGUUCACGGAGACCGCGAGGGCAAGGAUCGAGAAGGCUGGUGGUGAAUGCUUGACAUUCGACCAGCUUGCUCUGCGUGCUCCUCUUGGACAGAACACGGUUCUUCUUAGAGGUCCGAAGAAUGCACGUGAAGCUGUGAAGCACUUUGGCCCUGCUCCUGGUGUUCCCCACAGCCACACCAAGCCCUAUGUCCGAUCGAAGGGAAGGAAGUUCGAGAGGGCAAGAGGCAGGAGAAACAGCAGAGGGUUCAGAGUUUAAGCUCAUUCUCAUACUUUAUGAGGCAGAACAAUUCAAAUUUUGUUAGUGGAAUAUCUUGUAAUGCUCUCGAUGUCUUUCUGGUACUUCUGAUGCUGAUCCGACUUGAUAUAAUGUCAUUUUCAAGACUACAUUUUGUGUUUUUUAAGUAUUUGGUUGACUUUUGUCUAGCA